GCGAAAACGAAGCUUCUCGACCGCUCUGGAUCUCUCUCUCUCUCUCUCUCUCUCUCUCUCUCUCUCUCUCUCUCUCUCUCUAUAUAUAUAUAUAUAUAUAUAUAUAUAUAUAUAUAUAUCCUUUUCUUGGCAACCAAGAAUCGAAAAACCCACAAAAUGCCUGGACUUGCGAAAGCCCAAUAAUCCCCAAUCGGUACACCUGAGACAAUUGCCUUCCCUAGUCCAGUAGAAGCACCAGCACCAGCACCAACAGCAGCAGAAGAAGAAGAUGGAGGGAGGAGGGAGGAGGAGCAGGGGUUUGCUACCGAUCCUGGCGGUUCACGCCGUGAGCGAGUACUGGAGGCUCGACCGGAAACCGCCGGUCACCGCCGCGCUCGUCGCCGCCAACACCCUCGUUUACUUGAGGCCCGGUGUCCUCGAUCGGGUCCUUCCUACCAUAGAUCAAGUCUGGUUCAAUCCCUACCUCAUCCUCAAGCACAGGGACGUCAAGCGCCUCUUCCUAUCAGCAUUCUACCACGUAGGUGAAUCUCACUUGGUAUACAACAUGAUGUCACUUUUAUGGAAGGGGAUCCAGUUGGAGAGUUCAAUGGGGAGUUCCGAGUUCGCAUCUAUGGCAGUCACCCUCCUCGGCUUAUCCCAAGGCGUCACUCUAUUACUGUCCAAAUCCCUUCUACUAUUCUUUGAUUACGGAAGACCUUACUACAGGGAAUAUGCAGUUGGAUUUUCCGGUGUACUCUUUGCCAUGAAAGUGGUCCUCAAUUCCCAAAGUGAUUACUCUAACAUCCAUGGACUUAUCAUUCCAUCUCGUCUCGCCGCUUGGGCGGAACUGAUUCUUAUCCAAGUAUUGGUUCCAGAUGCAUCUUUUAUUGGCCACCUCGGUGGUAUACUCGCUGGUAUUCUCUAUCUCAAGUUGAAGUCUUCGUAUUCGGGUGGUUCCGAUCCACUGACAGUUGUCAUCCGAGGUCUUGUGAAUGUGGUGACUUGGCCUUCAAGGUUUCUACGGCAGUUCGGUUUGUGCAGAAGGCGGCGGAUUACGGGCAGAGGAACUGUGGGUAGAGAUCGCGGGAGUGCAUCCGGCGUGUGGAGAUGUGAGGCGUGUACGUUUGAUAACUCCACCUGGUUAAACGAGUGCGAGAUGUGCGGUACAAGGCGCGGUGGCAAUGGUUUGUCGUUCCUCGGGUCGUCAGAUGACCCGCGUGUCGUUCCUUUAGAGGAAUUACGGCGGAGGAGAGUUCAGAGAUUUAAUCUUCGGUGAAUGCAAUUCCACUGGAACAAUUGUAAUACUACCAAAAGAUGAAAUUUUUAGAGGGAGAUAAGUAAGUCGUAGGUGUUAUAUUCCCACCCCACGAACCUGUCAUGAAAAUACCAUAUGAAUAAUGAAUAUCCAAGCUUUCGGAUGUUUUUUUUUGAACGGCAAUUUUUUUUUUAUUAUUAAUUCUUGAAAUUGUUACAAA